CAGCGGGCUUCGGCUUGCUGGAUGUGUAUGCAUGAGUUCUGCACCGAAUGGGCGCAAAAAGCGCCCCAGCCGGUCCACUCGCUCCUCGAUCUUCCAGAUCAGCAAACCCCCGCUGCAGAGCGGGGAUUGGGAGCGCAGGGGCAGCGGCGGCGAAGGCACCCACAAAACCCAACGAGCCCUGGACGACUGCAAGAUGCUGGUCCAAGAGUUCAACACGCAAGUGGCCCUGUACCGAGAGUUGGUCAUUUCUAUUGGGGACGUCUCGGUCAGUUGUCCCUCACUCCGAGCGGAAAUGCACAAGACAAGAACCAAAGGCUGUGAAAUGGCCCGUCAGGCACACCAAAAGCUGGCUGCCAUAUCAGGCCCAGAAGAUGGUGAAAUUCAUCCAGAAAUCUGUCGACUUUACAUCCAGCUGCAGUGCUGCUUAGAAAUGUAUACAACAGAGAUGCUAAAAUCUAUUUGUCUGCUGGGAUCUCUUCAGUUUCAUCGAAAAGGAAAGGAAGCUGGUGGGACAGUAAAAAGUUUGGAUGGCAAAAUUGAGGAGAGUGCUGAAAUACCUGCCCUGGAGGACUCCUCCCCCUCCCCCGUGGAAACUCAGCAGCACUCCUGGCAGGUUUCCACAGACAUUGAGAACACUGAAAGAGACAUGCGAGAAAUGAAAAACCUUUUAAGCAAACUCAGGGAAACUAUGCCUUUACCACUGAAAAAUCAAGAUGACAGCAGCCUUCUGAAUCUAACUCCCUACCCACUGGUUAGAAGACGUAAGAGAAGGUUUUUCGGGCUGUGUUGUCUGGUCUCAAGCUAGGCAGAUCCUUCUGGAAACCCACCACCAGGAAUACCUGAAAAACAUCAUCAAACCCAAGGACCUCCAGACAGCUGAACUAUACAGUGAUUGGUUUUUGACUAUGUUUUCUAUGCUUCCUUAUUCCUUUUAUCUGCCUCUCCCUAUCCUUCUCAAUGAUUUUACACGUGAAAGCAGCUGCCAUCAAGGGUGGGGGGAGGGGAGAACAAAUUCCAAAAGAAGGCUGUUUCUAAAAGGAUUUUUAAAACUGACAUUGUGCAUGUCUGCUCCAAACUAUGCCGUGACUGAUGCAAGAAUUAUGAUUUUUAAAUGAUUUGAAGGUUUUUAAAAUGAACUACACAGAGAAAAGGUAUUUCACAUAUAAUAGUAUAGCUAAAGCUCUUGCCGAUCUCAUGGUAGCAAUCUGUCAUGUAUGAAAGAUGUCUUUAAACAUAGAAAUCUACUUAAAAACUGCAAAGCUUCAAAAAUUCAAUCUAGGAAUAUCGUUAGAAAUAUUAUAAUCAAACAGGUACCACCUCACCCAUUGCUUUCUCUGCACUCAUUUACAUUUAGUCUUCCAGUCUGUCAGAAUCUAAAAGCUUCAACAUAAAAACAUCUUAAUUUAUAAUGCAACAGGAACCAUAUAUGAAACAAUGCUUACAUUUUGUAAAUACACAAUAAUCCUAAUCCAUUCGUACAAUGCAUAUGGGCAACUAAUUCUCUUUUGAUCCAAUGAUGUCUUUUUUCAGCUUCUUGGAGAAUGACGUUAUCCAGUUAGGAAAUGAUGUAGUAACAUAUACAAUUACCCUCAGAUGUAAAAUUGAAUAUUAUCACCUUCUGUUCGAACUGAAAUCUGAAGCAUGGUGUUUGCACAUCAGCAUAGUGUUAAAUCUUAUAGGGCAUGCUGGAAUUAUCUCAGAUCGUACAAAUAUUUAACAUUUUACAUUAUAAUAACAAAAUUUUAGUUAAGCUAAGCUUGUCUCAUUUUAGAUGACUAUGCAGAUGUGAUUUUUCCAAUGUGCACUUGGUGUCUUGUCUUAUGCUUAGAAUAUUGGAAGCAGGACACAUUAAGCAAUACUAUAUUUUAGAAAGGAGGAAGCCACAUGUUUUGCUUUUUCUGCACCCAGCUUUGUUGUGGUCCUCUAUUAAACUUGUAACAUGGUACAAAUUUUAUUAUAUUUCUCCCCAUGUUCUUCCUGGACCCAUCACCUACACAGAAUUUCCUAUGGGUCAAAAGAUCAAGUCUUUGUACUUCUCUUGUUUUCCCUGAUCUGAAAAUCUUCAAGUCAGACAGAAGGCACCAGAGUCUAGUACAAUAGAAAGAUGAGCUAGAUACUAACAACUGGUUACUCCAAACAUGUCUUUAAUGUCAUCUCUGCAUAGAAAUGUAUAUGUACAUAAAUAUCUUGAUCUAAAGACCAACUAUAUUCAACCUUUAGCUUUAGGGAAGAUGAAAGGAGUGAAUAAUUAUUGCAUUAGGUUGAAUUAGAUGAAAUUGCUGAGAUUUGACUGUUUUGACCUCCAAAAUGAUGGUUCAACCU